AUGGCCAGCUCCGAUAGUAACAAUUUCUCAUCGUCUUCUCCUCACCGUCUCCCGACAGUAUCUGCCUCCCAAGCGCUCCAAAACAUUUCGUCGACUCCAAGAAGGCCAAUCCCAACAGGACUGAAGAGCCUCGAUGCCUUCUUGCAAGGCAGAGAGCAUGAGGACUCAAGCCAGACUGUUCCUCCUGUUGGUAUUCCACGUGGAGAAGUGACAGAGAUAUAUGGUCCUCCUGGAGUUGGCAAAACGACAUUAGCGUUAAGGGAUAUCCUCUCCGUUGGCCGUAUUUCUGAAGGAGAGGCAACUUCAGAUCCCGCGUCGGUUGACCGGUAUCUCGAAAAGUUCCAUCAUUUCAUCACGCCAUCGUUGCCUCAUCUACUAGCUCUCCUGGCUCACCAAUCUUCAACCUUUCCACCUACAGAGACCAAUCUCGUAGUAGUCGACUCCAUAUCGACUUUGUUCGCCUUGGCUUUCCCGAAGACAGCGGAGAAUGCAAGCAGCCAGCAGAACCCGAUCAGGAAAAGCGACGCGGGUCAAUGGGCGUCAGGCAGACGUUGGGCAGUGAUGGGUGACUUGAUCUCCAAGAUCAGCAGACUCGCCGCAACGAAAAACAUUGCAAUCCUCUUGACGAGUCAGACAACUACAAGAAUCAGAUCAGAGACUGGCGCCGUGCUACAUCCAGCCAUCUCUGGCACGGGGUGGGAUACGGGAAUUAGUACGCGUAUGGUGAUCUUCCGAGAUUGGGUUUUUCAAGCAUCAGAGACUGCGAGUAGUCAAGGAGAGUACAUACCAGGUGUAAGACUUGCCGGUGUCAUGAAAGCCAAGGGUAUCUCGUACGAAGGCGUUGGCAAAGUGGUCAUGUUCGUGAUAGAAAAGACCCGUCUCCGGGAGAUUACAGUGGACCAGACAAAGAUCAGACUAAACGGAUCGCCCGUCUUGCCAGCUACAUCUUUGAAGCGUAAACGAGGAGAGAUUGCCAACAGUCAGUCAGGGGACGAGGACCCAGAAUCUGACCGAGAGUUCGGCUGGGCUGCAGACGAUGAUAUACGGACCACGGAGGCGCUGCUUGAAUGA